AUGGCCGGCGAUUCUAUCACUUCGACUGGUUCAAGUCCCUCCGCGUCCAGCAGCCUCCAAUUUCAGCCCGGUUCUCUGUCGUCCUCGGCCUCGUCACCUCCCGUCGCGGGGACCAAGUUCCCGCACCUGUCGCAACAGGCCAUGGCUGCCGAAGCUUUUACUUCCCCAACUGGAACGCAAUCGUCUCUUGCCUUUUCGCAUUCAUAUCCCUUCUCACAGAGGGGCGAUAUGACCGCAAUAGAUCGAACAGCCGCGGGGUUACAGUUCCUCAAUGGGCACGACAAGCCGGUGGCAUCCUUUGUCGCCAACCCAAUGCCCGCCAUUUUCAUGCGAAGACUGUCCAAGAACGCAAGCGACGAGGCUCUUCGAAGCAUGUUCCUCUUCGCCAAGGAUUUCGUCGACGCCGAGUUCGUGCCAGCCGAAUAUCCCGAGGACAAGGGCUUCCUCUCCGCCAUUGCCCGCUUCAAGACCUUGGCCGGCGCCCUGGAGGCGCGCUCCAUGUUGGAUGGGCGCCCGAAUAGCUCGAACGAAGCGAACAUGAUCGUCGAGGUUUUACAGAGUCCUGUGGGAGGAGUAGGAGCAGGGGCAGGAGGAGCAGCCGCGGGCCGUCGCAAUACGAUAGAAGGCGCCUCCACGCGUCAAACGUCAAGCUCGGCAUCGUCGACCGGCUCAACCGGUGGCCAAAAUGUGCGACAAUCAUCACGAUAUAAUGGUACCUUUCAAGCCAUGGAGAAAUUCUCCCCGCCCACCGCCGCACUCGGUGGGUCUGCGGGCUUAUCCAAUGGAGAGCUGCCUGUGCCUGAUUCGAGUGCUCAUUUCCAAAGUCUCUUCUCACCGCAGUCACCGAUAGGUAGUGCGCUCAAUGACCGUCCCCGUGUCACGGGCAAAUCAGUCAUUAACGAUGACUCGGUGGACGAAGAGACGGGCGAGCUGCUCAAAGACCCAGUCGCCUACGCCAAGAGUGGCGCUUCUGCAGCCCUGCCGCGUCGCACCACGAACCCUCAGAUUCCUCUGGCAUCGCGCUUCGGUGGUCUCUCUUUGAGCACCAACAACAUUGCAUCCCCACCAGUGUCGAGUUUCACCACUCCGCGUUCAGGCCAAGCACCCGUCGUCUCCCCGACAGGACUCUCUGGCCUUGGCCCUAACGCCAACUACCAGUUGGCUACUCAGCAUUAUCCUCGCCACACUUACCCACCGGUGAAUCCUGCAGAUCAAAAUCCUCCUUGCAACACCCUCUACGUCGGCAACUUGCCAAUUGACACCUCUGAAGACGAACUCAAGGCCAUUUUCUCCAAGCAGCGUGGCUACAAGCGCCUCUGCUUUCGAACCAAGCAGAACGGCCCCAUGUGUUUUGUUGAGUUUGAAGACGUGUCUUUUGCCACCAAGGCUCUCAAUGAGCUCUAUGGUCAGCCACUUCACAACAGCGUCAAGGGCGGCAUCAGACUGAGCUUCUCCAAGAAUCCGCUGGGGGUUCGAAGCAACCAGAACACGGGCAUGGGUCCCCCAACCCCCAUGAGCCCUCCAGGCUCAGUUUCUAGUGGCAUGAAUGGUGUUGCCGGAAUGUCGUCGAUGCCGUUUUCCACGGCCAGUGGCCCGCCUCCCGGGUUGGCUGUCCCUCCAGGACUGGCGACGGCAAUGAAUAACGUCAGUAGCAUGGGCAAUCCUCUUGGCGCUCCUCCAAUGUCCCUUGAUUCCACUGCCCGUAAUUCAUCCUUUUCCGCCCCAGGCGCAGGAACUUAUAGAGGAUCAUCAUUCUCCGGCGCCGCUGCCAAAGAUGGUUCGGCAACGGCCAUUGGCGGUUCGGGCCGUGCAUUUCAAGAUUACAUGAUGGGUCGGUGA